CUUCAUCUAGGUUAGCUCUUCCAGAUCGUGUCCAGCUUCUGGUAGCUGUUGUUGAGUACCGAACAGUUCUCAAGAGACCUAGAUUGGGAUUAUGUACCAACUGGUUAUCAAGACAAAAAGCCAAUUCAUAUGUACCAAUAUGGUUUAAAUUAGGAACGCUAACUUUCCCUGCAGUGUCUUCCCAAGAUUUGCCUCCUGUAUAAUGAUUGGACCAGGAACUGGUUGUGCUCCAUUUCGAGCUUACAUACAGGAGAGAGUUGCUUCUGAUCAACAUGAAAAUGUUGUUAUGGUGUUUGGUGCAGAAAUUAUGAUAAGGACUUCUUUUUCAAAGAGGAAUGGGAAGCUUUAGUAGCUGAAAAGAAGUUAAUUCUCCAUUGUGCUUUUUCACGUGAUCAAGAUGACAAGGUAUAUGUACAACAUGUCAUACGACAACAUGCUGAUAGUUUUUGGGACCUUAUUGGAAACAAGAAAGCCAUGGUGUUUUUUGCUGGUAAUGCUAAGAGGGUUCCAAUAGAUGUUUAUGAAGCUUUAACUUUUAUAUGUGAAAAAGGUCUUGGCUGUAGCACACGGGAUGUUGAAGAAUACAUGAAGAAAGACUUGGAAAAACGGUAUCAAACUGAAACUUGGGCAUGAAAACUGUUCAUAUUCUGAUACUGAUGGUUCUUACACUUACGUCGUACCUAUAUAAUUGCUAGUGAAUGAAAGACAACAUUAUGAUUAAUUUACCAGAUAUGUAUGCUGUUUAUGUGUUCUUUGUCUGUUAAGGUCAUGGAAGGUGAUACAUAGUUGAAGGAAUUAUAUGAAUUAACUGUACAGGUACUACUUGUAAAUCUUGUAAAUAAAUAUUUUAUCACUGAUUAAUUUGUUUAGUUCAAAAAAAUAAAAGUAUGCUUCGA